AUGAAGCCACUGUGUAAAUUUUUUAUGUUUCUUUUUCGCAGAAAGCGACUCACCAAGAGCAUUACUCUGGCACUUGCAGCCUUUGUCAUUUGUGGAACGUUUUUAGUAACAAUAAGGCACCGGAUAUCAGUUGAAUUUAAUGUUUCUUUUGACAAUGAAAGUUAUAAAUUGAACUCAAAUUACCGGAAAAGGUUCGCAGUCGCCAAUCAAGCAGCCAAAAUUGAGUUAUUGGGAGCGAAUACCCAUAUCUGGAACGACUUCUGCCAAUCUUCAAUUCAACUUCUUUGUUAUCACCCGUUGUUUCCAAAGGCACCAGACGUGAAAACCGUUGUAAACUCAUUGGAUAUUUCAAGAUAUGAAAGUGAUUAUGCUCAGAGAAUUUUUGGGUUUCUACACCCGCCGAAAACAGGAUAUUAUAAAUUUGCUUUAGCUUCCGAUGACUUAUCUGAACUGUGGCUCAGCUCAAACGAAUACCCAGAAAAUGCUGUUUUGAUUUGUAGCCUGAGUGAAUGGACCACCAGAAACAAUUUUCAGCUUUCGCCCACACAAGUUUCCAUCGAAAUAAAGUUGUUAAUGGGUCACAAAUAUUUCAUAGAAAUUCUUCAUCUUCAAAUGGGAGGAGACGAUUUUGUUCGAGUUGCAUGGAGCCUGCCUGGAAUGAAAAGAGAUGAAUUCGAGACGAUUCCCGCCGAUAGCCUUUCUCUAUUCAUUGACAACAGUGUAACGGAAAAUAACUACAACUCUGUUCCAGAAAGUCCCGCUUGUAAAUCAAGGCACAGUCAUUUUCAAAGCUUAGAAACGAACACCAAAUCCAGACCUGUGUACCUUUUUCACGACGAAGUUGCCAACGUAUUGCCUCAUUGCCCUUAUGAACCAAGUUAUCUAACCAUGAAAGAAGCACCCAGAGGCCCGAAAAGGGGUUACGACUUCCUAAACGGUUACUUUAUUCCCAUAAAGAGUUACCCAGCUGUUGAGUAUAAAAGCGUGGUGGAAUAUUAUCCAGAAUUAGCGAAUCAUAGUUUGGAUAUGAUGAUCGCAAAAAAAGCUGCAAAGAAGUAUGUGGAUGCUCUACAUGAACACCACCCAGGGUGAGUAGAUACACGCUUGGCUCUUUUUUUUUUUUUUUUUAUUAUUAUUAUUAUUAUUAUUAUUUUUUAUAAAAGUAGACUCUAUGGUCGUGGGCAUUGAUAUGUCUUAGGCCCGAAUCAGAGCCUUUUUAGGCCGGGCCAGUAAACGAGGGUUAAAAUGAGCUCUUGGAGGGGUCAAAUAUAUUUUCGCCCGAUAACAUAAACUUUAUUACUAUUAUCAUCGCACUGGACGGCUUUGAGAAAAUAAGAACAAAAAAAAAAAAAGGUAACCUUACAGUCUGAAUAAUCACGCAAGCGUGCAAGUAGGCCAAAUACAUUCAAGCCGCAAAAAUCUUCAUAUUUUCCAUUUUUUCUUUGGCUUACAGCUUCUUAGGCUACGUUAGCACCUGAAUAGCGAGCGUUACAUCAAAAAGAUGAGGGUUUGUUUGGCCAGUUGUAGGCUGUUUUGGCCUCAACCAACUGAUGGGCGAAUUUGCCUUAUUCUAAAAUCUUGUGGCUUUCAACGCUGUAAUGAACCAGAACUAACUCAGUCGAUUAUAUUAUCAUUAUUUUUACUAUUUUUAUUAACCGUUAAAAUUUAAGUGUUCGAGAAUAUUCAAUCAAUAUACAAAGCGUGUGAAGUUGACAUGAUAACCCUAUACAGCGGAUAUUACACUAAGCCCACCGUCCGUAUAGUGUUCUCAACCCUUGCAAACUCAGAGAGAGUGUCUUCUUUCGCUGAUUAUUGCACAUUAUUAUUAAAAAAUGUAUAAUAAAGCAAUCAUUAGAUUCGCUUUUCGCAUGAUAUCAAAAAUUAUUAAAUCUCGCGACUGUGUUGUCUGCCGAAGCCGAAGGAUGAGGCAAUGCAAAUACCUAUUAUUGGAUGAGGUUGAGCAUGGUACAGCAUGAAUUAACAAUGCCGAGGUAUGAGUUAUCAUUUGAAAAACGAAUUAAAUAAUUGUUCCAUGACACAUUUUUUUUUUAAACAAUCUGCGAAAGAAGGCACUUCUUUCUGAGUCUGAAAAUGUUUGAGAACACUACAUGGACAAGGGGCUUAAGGCAGGCAGACUUUGAACUCGACAUGAUAACCCAAUAUCUCCUACAGAUACUGGCCCGGGUUAUCAUAUCAAUAUUAAUUAAUAUAAGUAGAGGUAAAAGCAUGACUUGUAGUGGUAUUUGCCAAUAAUACCGCGAGUGAUAUUUCAAAAUUGUUCAAAAUACUACGUGCCGCGAAGGGUGAGUGGUAUUUUGGACAAUUUUGAAAUAUUACAAGUCGUAAUACCACGCAUUGGUCAUACCAUUAUUUGUUUAUAAGAGAAGCCGAGUAAUUUUCGGUAACGCACAGGAAACCUUUAUUUCGUUACAGUUUAAAAAGAAAAGAAAAACAAACAAAAAGAAUACGCAGGCGUCUGUAUUGGUAACAAUUUCUUUACCUCAAAGAAGAAAAAUGGGGGUUGACGGUUUUUUGUGAAACCAAUACAAACUAUUGAAGGCAAAAAAACAUGAAAUUGUUCAAUGGAAGAAAUUCUAAAAUCACGGUUUUUGCUGUCACGGCAGCGGUGAAGUAAAACCACAAAUUAAGUUAAGGUACGGGCAAGCUUCUCUUAGUAUUUAACUACUGCUUUGUUGAAAAACACCAACGCCAGCUCCGUAAUUUAUCGUCACCUGGCAGCCAUGAAAGUGGUGAACUAUUGUUUGGCAGGCUGGAGUCGCUGUAUGGUUGUACUGAGUGGGGAAACAGGAAAGAACUGGAAGGGAAUUUUAAACGUUUUGACAGACAGGAAGGUUGAUAAUAGAUGAGAUCUGUCGCUGUUUUGCUUCGUGACCUUCCUCGUAGUUUGUGUGGCCUGUUACACCGAUGAUAGCAGUUCUUGGCUGCAUGAUUCGAGGCCUUCAGCUUCUUCAUAAGCGUUUUUCUUACCAAAUGGUUGGGUAACUUUCUUCCCUCAGGUCAAGGCCAUACUUUUUUAUAAAGGAGUCGACCUUAUUGAAACCCAUCAUUUGAUUCUUGUAUCACACUUCGUGUUUCGGUUUUUCAAUAAUGGCGAGAUAAUAUGGGUCACUGUUUCGCAUUUCUUCAGGUCUGUGGGAAAGACAUGUUUGAAGAAGUGGAGUGGACAACCGGGACCUCCAGUGGCAAAGAUGUUUGGCUGGGUGGCUCUUCGUUUCUUUCUUAGACAGUUUUGCUGGGUCUUUAUUGGGUUUUCUUCGAAUUUUACGCACUCUGUACCUUGAUCGUCCUUGUUUAAACUGAAAUCUUCGACAAAAAUUUCAUGGUGCUCCUGGAAACCCCAAAGAUUAAAAUGAAAGUAUGGGGGAGUGAAUUUGGGUUUUGUUCGCCAAGUCACGAUUUUUCAACAGCUUCUCGAGGACGGUAGGGGCUUUUGUUGCAUUUAGCCAUUUUCCGUGGCCUUUUUCGCGAAGAGCUCUUGUUUUUCCUUCCGAGAACAUUCUGCACUUGACAAAUUCUUGGUCGUUCGUUAUGGAUGUUUUGUUGUCAUUUUUUUGAGGUGCAUGGCGAAGGCAGCUAACGUAGCCCUUAGGCUGUCCCGCAGGUAGUCGGAGCCAUCGCUUUUGCGAAUUUCGGCAAAGAAUCGCGAGAGGCAUUCGUCAUGUUCCUUACCUUCGUAUUCGACAACAUCAUCGUUAAGACCCUUGCUUUCUACCCACGACUUCAAAACGUUCAUCCACGUCUCUAGUUUUGACCGCACUUUUGUUUUACUGUUUUUUCGGCGAGCUUUUGUAUUUCCUCACUUGUCAUGGUAAACUUGUUAUAUCAUCUAUUUUUGCUGUUAUAUAUACCACUUUUACACUGAAAUAGUGAUACUGUCAAUCAUUUAAAUCUCGGAAAUUUCUCGGCUCAUAUUAAUAAUGGUAAUUGAAUUGAGUGGAGUGCAAUUUGGGCUGAAAUCAUACGCGUGAUUCCAAAAUUGAACGAGCGCACAGCGCGAGUUCGAUUUGACGUCACAAGUAUGAUUUCAGACCAAAAUUGCACAACACGAGGUUCAAUUACUACUUUAUUACAUCCGUUUUGAAAUCGCCCAAAUACAGGACUUGGUCAGUUGAAAUAUUUUAUUAAUACAAUACUGAGCUGGUUUGAAAUUAAAUUCAUCCAUUUUUUGGGAGGAAAAAAUAAGAGUUUUGGAAACAAAAGUUGCAAAAUUUGCCAUAUGAUACUCCAUGUCUUUCAUCUUCCUGCACUAUGAUCGGUUACUUUAAACAAGCCUUGAAGUCUGAUUGGUUGUUUUGUUUUUAGUGUAGCCUCCUCACUGGCUGGGGAAAAGAUGCGAUUUAAAGCAAAAAAUGGUGCAAUUUGUGAAUAAAUCGCACCAAUUAGAGCCAAUCAGAUUACAGGGACCAUCAGUGAUUUCAAAAUGGGUGUAAUAAUAAUUAUUAUUGUUGUUGAUGUGGUUGUAGUUAUUGUUAUCAUUUAGCGACAAUUUUACUUUAUCAUGCAGAAAGUUCAAGGUCGUGAAACUCGUUAACGUGGAAAGAAAAGUCGAUCCGAAGUUGGGAAGUCGAUUCUUUCUUGAGUUCCUAAUAAAUGUCACGGGAAAAAACGAACUGGUCAUGCUUUCAGAAUCUGUCUUUUGGCCCAAAGGCUCCGACAACUUGUGUUAUCCCAAGGGAUUCCAGUGGAAUAGAAAUGCAAAAAUCGCCUUGAUUAUCACCCUCAAAAACCAGGGACGGUGGAUGAUGCACUUCCUAAACAACUUAGAAGAAAUAUACAGUGCUUCAAAGGACAACAAAGUGAGUCUAGUGAUAUACGAUUAUAAAAGCUCCGACAUGAAUCUGGAACAGGAGCUGGCGAAAAGGAAACUUCCUCCCACUAAAGUCAUCGUUCACGAAGCAAAGCACUAUUCUCGUACCAAAUCCUUCAACAGGGCUGUGGAACAAGUUCAGGAUCCGAAAACCAUCGUAUUCACUCUUGAUCUUCACUUGGACUUACCUUCCACAAUCUUUGACGACAUCCGUAAAGUGAGCAUAGAUAACAUUUUCAUAAGAUUUCCGUUAAACUGACGAAAACAUGUAAAGUAAAGGAAUUAUUAAUUUUGGUAUAGAAAUGAACCACAUUUCUACCCAUUCCAAAACUUACUUACUGAUCUUAUGUCGGCCUGCACCCACAACUCCUACAUUCGUAUGUUCCAUGUUAGCUCGAUUCCCAAGGAAAAAUCAGGCUUGUAUUUGACAUAGGGAUAAGUACUUUUUCCGGUUUACUCAAAGACUGUUGAAGUUGUACAUCGCAUGAAAAACGGGAACAAACGAGGCCUGUUAUCAGAUUAAAAAGCAGACGGGUAAUAUCGAUAGGUUUUAUCGUACUUGUAUCCUUAUGGAGGUAUUUACCAAAACUAGGUGGCACAAAUACGACGGGACUAUAAAAUAACGUUAUUUUAUUGGUAAGUAAGGAAACAAUCACUUAUUAGUCAAUGACGGCAAUUAUAGACGGUUGUAGUUUACCGUCGAAGAUGCCUUUCUCGUUUUAAACACCCUACUUUAAAUAAUUAAGUUAUUUCUAAAUCUGUUCCACAGCAUUGCUUUGAAGGUCGUUCUGUCUACACUCCCGUUAUCAUCCGCUUGGGUUGUGGGAAAACUCCAGAAACCCCAGAAGGAAAAUGGGAACCAUUGGGCUUUGGAUUGGUUGGUGUUUAUAAGAGUGAUUGGGACAAAGUUGGUGGUCUUAAUGAAAAAGCGUUUGACGAGAAAUGGGGCGGAGAGGACUGGGACUUCAUGGAAAGAAUCGUUUAUUCUGGAAUGGAAUAUGAUCGACUGCGACAUCCAAAUAUUUUUCAUUAUUUUCAUAGUAAAAAGGGCAUGUGGGAUGAUGAAUAACUGAGAGCUACAUUUAUUAAGUGGAGGAAAGGUAAAACUUUUAAUAAACCAAAUUGAAUUAUAUUUCAUUUAAAAAGAG